CCCCAAAGUAUAUCAAUAACAGCUGUUGUUUUGUAAUAGAAAAAAGAAUGCAAAAUAAUAAUAAAAUUGCAAUUUAAUAAAUUAUAAACAACAUAAAAAUGUUAUUAACAUUACGUGCUCCCAGCUCCAGGCUGUGCUCGGGCAUCUCGAGACAUCCGAGUCGUUUGCUGGCCAGCAGUGCCGCUGAGGAGGCCAAGAAAAUAACAACCCCCCACCAGAAACAACUUCAAUUGGAAAUUAACGGAGGCACGUACGCCACGGACAGCUGGACGAAUGUGACGCCCAAAAUAUUGACACACCUGGGACUUAAUAAGCAUCUGCAGCGUGAUCAUCCAUUGUCGAUUAUCCGCAAACGCAUUGUUAACUACUUUUACGGAGCGUAUCGAAAUCAGCGGGGAAAUCCGCUUUUCUCCGUUUACGAUCAGAUGAACCCGGUGGUGACAGUGCAGCAGAACUUUGACAACUUGUUGAUACCCAGUGAUCAUGUGAGUCGCCAGAAAUCGGACUGUUACUAUAUCAAUGAGCAGCAUUUGCUGCGCGCCCACACUACAGCCCACCAGGUGGAGCUGAUCUCGGGAGGAUUGGAUAACUUUUUGGUAGUCGGCGAAGUGUAUCGACGUGAUGAGAUCGACAGCACACAUUAUCCAGUGUUCCAUCAGGCGGAUGCAGUGCGUCUGGUGACCAAAGACAAGCUCUUUGAGCGCAAUCCCGGCCUGGAGCUGUUUGAGGAGACGUGGUCGGGUUCUAUUGCCGAUCCGAAACGAAUUUUGCCUUCGUCCAAGUGCAUGGAUCAGACAAAGCAGCCCUGUCAUACCCUGGAAGCCGUUAAAUUAAUGGAGCAUGAGAUGAAGCACGUACUUGUUGGCCUUACAAAGGAACUCUUUGGUCCUCGCAUCAAGUAUCGUUGGGUGGACACCUAUUUCCCCUUCACACAGCCUUCCUGGGAGCUGGAAAUUUACUUCAAGGACAACUGGCUGGAGGUGCUCGGGUGUGGCAUAAUGCGUCACGAGAUUCUGCAACAGGCGGGAGUGCAUCAGUCUAUUGGCUAUGCCUUUGGCGUGGGUCUCGAACGCCUGGCCAUGAUCCUAUUCGAUAUACCAGACAUUCGGCUGUUUUGGUCCAACGACAGCGGCUUUUUGUCCCAGUUUAGCGAAGAGGAUCUGCAGAAUCUGCCCAAGUACAAACCCAUCUCUCACUAUCCCCAAUGCACAAAUGACUUGUCUUUCUGGCUGCCGGAAGAUGUUGAAGUGAACGUUGGUUUCUCACCCAAUGAUUUUUACGAUUUGGUUCGAUCCGUGGCCGGUGAUGUUGUAGAACAGAUAAGUUUAGUGGACAAAUUCAAGCAUCCAAAGACGGCCAAAACUAGUGUGUGUUUCCGUAUCGUCUAUCGCCAUAUGGAACGCACCAUGACACAGGCUGAGGUUAAUGAAAUACAUAAGAGCAUAGCCGAUGCCAGUGUGGAACAUUUUAAUGUGCAAAUACGCUAGUCUUAGCUUAACUUGCUUAAAUAAAAAACAAUAAAUAGAUAAA